AUGCUUGAAUCAGUAAAGGCCUUGAACGUGAAUCGACUACCUGCGGAGCUACUUCUGGAGAUAUUCGCGUGGUAUCUCACGACACCCGUCGAUUGGGCUGCUGCGCACCCCCGUCCUAUCCACCUUGCCUGGAUUUGUACCCUCUGGCGCAACCUCGUACUUUCCACCCCCGCGUUAUGGAGCGACGCAAAGUUGGAGGCAUUUCAGUACAAUGGGACGCGUCAACUCUUCCUUCACGAGCACUCAGCCAAAGGAUUGAAGUUUUGGAUGGACAAGAUUUCCAGUUUUGAAGGGGGUGCACCGUGGGGUCUGAAGAUCAUGGUUUCCUCCACUGACGAGAUGGAAAUCGACACACUGCCGUCUUCUCCAUCGCCCCAGCCAAUCUUCCACCUCCCUGCGCUCCUGCAAUCGCACACUGCCACCAAAUUCCUAACUCAUCUAUCUAUCUCGUCUACUCAACCAUCUUCCUGCCUUCUCCGGUCCCACUCCCUGUCUUCCGACCUCUCACACCUCAACUUCCCAUCCCUUCUCUCGCUCUCCAUCUCUUCUGCUUCCCUCAUUUCGCCGGUGCUCGAGUUGACCCACCCCAUCCCCCCUCUCCACCAUAUUCCCCGUAUCAAGCGACUGGCGCUUGCCAACGUUCUAUCAAGCAACUCCAGUUUGAGCUGGUACCCAUUCGAGCAAGCUGAAAGCCUUCUAUUAGAGGGCAUGACGGUUGCGAAGUGGGUUAACGUGGUUGAGCGAUGUGUUGUGACCUGCGCGACUACUCAAAUGCCCCAGAGCGUACUCAAGAACGCAUGUUUCUUUGUCGCCGAACCGGAUGAAAAGGUUCAAGAGGGGUUUGGUUUUGGUUUCGGGCUUGGGGGGUUCAAUUUUUCCUCGCCAUUUUCGAGCUUCACCUCUCAGGAAGGGUCUUUCACGCCUCUAACACCAGCACCAACUCCGACCGCCGCCUCACCGCCUUCAUUCUUCACCGCGUCGUUUUCGGUGUCAAUUCUAACUCCCGCUCAUCCACCGCUAACGUACCUUUCCUCCCUCACCAACCUCACAAUCAACGACUACCUGCUCUCUCAAACCGACUAUCCCAUUCAUCACCACCUCGCCUUUCCAGCGUUGAAGAGACUGUGUGUGGUAGGAUAUGAUGUGGGGAAGUGGAAUUCGAAUACGGCUCCUCGAUCAGCAAAGCUUGCCACAAGAAUCCCAGGAUCUUCCUCUUCGUCGGACCCUUCCACAACGCCUGCAAUGUCUGUCAUGUCCAUAUGCAAACCCUGGAACGUUAUCAGCAUCCCAGUAUUCGCGUCAUCGAAUCUGACGCAUCUCACCAUCCUCCAUCCCACCCAUCGCUACCUACCUUUCCAUUCGACUGUAGGAAAAGUAUUGGAUGCCGCGAUGGGGUUGAGAUACUUGAGGCUGGACAUGUGGACCUGCCCUUGGGAGAUGGUUGGUGGUUUCAUCGACGAGGACAGGGACGGGAGGGUCUUCAAUCCUAUUGAGCGGGAGAAGGGAACAGGGUGGAGGAGGAAACGGUACUUCCUACCCGCCCUGGAGAAGUUGAAACUGUACUUCCACCUUGAAGGCGGGAGAGACCACGGAAGCCACCGACACGAAGAGGCGUUCCCGACUGACGAGGUUAUACGACUGAUCGAAUCCUGGAAGGGUUGCAAGCCGACAUCGCUGCCUACGCUGCCUGGCGACAUGAACAAGCUCAAGUUACUCGAUCUUCGAUUCCAGGACGUGCCCUGGUUGGCGGACAACCCUACGUUUGAAGCUCUGCAAUUUCUAGUUGGUGUGAACUGUGACGGGUUGGGAGUCCACAUCGAAUCUGAGCGGUCUCGAAGGAGGAAGGAGGGUUUCCUAAAGGAGCCAAGGAAAUAUUGGGAUGGCGAGGGGAUGAUGUUUGGGUUUUAG